UCGCAACUAACCAGUUCGACCACCAGCUGUUAUUAACACAAUGUCAAAAUUCCAAGUCAAUCCUACAUUCUGAUUUGAUAUGACCGAAGAAGCUUCCCAAAAUCUCAUACACAGCUAUUUGCCAUUCGAGAACGUUAAUUACCGGUCGAAGGAGUACAUUGCUCGUAUUUGUCGGGACAUCAUUGAAGACAUUUUGAAGCAGACAUACGACGAAGAAAACCCGAUACUGUCGGCUCCUCUGAAGUGCAGCCGAAGUUCCCAAACCGAUUCGGCCAAAUUCCAAGAUAAUUACAAUUUGACAGUGAAACAGCAGUUUUUUAAGAGAUUGUUAGUAAGUUCCGUCUUUUAUAUGAUCGCUUUGCUGUUGCCCGAAUGGCUAAAGGCUCUUGACUGGAAGACUUGGACAUAGAAAUCAUUUCGCUUGCUUGGCAUCUAGAAUAAUUAUGGUUGAAACGCAGCGAACCAGACCAAGAGUAGCUAAAUACGGGGACGAUGAUGAGCCGCAGGAGCUGGAAGAUUUGGUGUUGUUUCCCGAGUUUGUCGAGGAGCCGUUUGAAAUAGUCGAAAUCGAAUUUGACGGCUUUUCACUAGCUGAAUUGGACCUGAAUUUGCCUGAUUACUUCAUUGAAGAAACAAACUUUUAUCCGGGAAACACUCAAGAGGAUCACACCGAGAAGAUCAGAGACAUUUUGGACACAAUGGGUUUCACAAUCAACUGCACGCUCGCAGAGAUUUUUAAGGCAAAUGAGAAUGUUUUCCCUGCAAGUACUUACCAGCCCCAAACAAGAACCGCUGUAAAUUACGACUUCGAGAAGGGCUUUGAUGAGCUCAAGCAAAUGUUCGAGCGAAUUGAAACCAUCAACGGAAACAUGGGGUUUAUGUUCAAACUGAUGGUGUUCCUGUGCUUCCUCAAUACGCUUUUAAUAUUAAAGAUGACCAUGUUUGAUAGUGUUCCCGACCUGGGGAAUGUUCUAAGCAACCUUCCAUAUUAAAUCGAUUCCAUUUG